UUUUCCACCAUCCGUUGUUUGUUGGGAAUGUUUUUUCUGUUCUGUUCUGUUAUUUUGCCCUCACAAAUUGAGAAAAAGUGAACAAAAUUCAACAGAUACCUCAGAGCUCUCUCUUUUUCAACUUUUUUCCCUCUCUCUCUCUCUCUAGACUACUACUUCUUCCCAGUGUUGUGUGAAGAGGAGCAAAGUUAAGGGAUCUCUGUGUGAAAUUUUGAAGCCAAAAUAAGAAAAAGAAAGAGACAAUGCAAGGAAAUGUAGAUCAGGGCGUUGAAUUUCUCUGUGAUUCUCGUUGUUUCUUGCAGUCAAAAAGCUUCAAAAUUGUUUCUCUCUGUAAAGGAGCUUGUUGAAAUCCAUCCCUUUUUCUCUUUUUUUCGCUUUUUGGGUUCUUGGGUUUUGUUUUUGAGCCUUGGAAACACUUCUUCUUACGACCCUUUUGUUGUUUGAUUGUUUUCUUUUUGUUUUUAUGACGAUUUUAUAAGUUUAUCCAUGUCGUCCGACAUAAGCUAGGGUUUAAUUUCACCCUUGUUCGAGUGAUCUGUGGUGGGUUUGAGAGGAAAAGAGCUCUUUCUGGAGUGUUUGUUUGAGAUUCUUCUUUACUUCUGCUGUUGUUUUUCUUUAUGGAUUGUUAUACUUAUACCAACUCUAAUGGAGAUCACUGUGUUAGAAGCUAUGGUUUUGGUGAUGGAAUUUUGAUUAUAUCAUCUUAUUUGUGUUGAAUUUGUUGAAGAAUUCGCGUAUUUGAGUUGGGGGGUUUUUGGGGGUUGUUUGAGUUUAGGGGGAUGGGAACUGAUCGUCUGCUAUUACCAACAGUUGGACCGCCAAUAAAACGGCGAGCAGGGUUGAGGAGAAAGCAGGCUGGUAGAGGCUCAUAUAGGGGAAGCUAGGAAAAUUGGGGAUUUUCAUUUUUCAAGCUGUUUAGAGUUUGGGGGUUUUUCAAGGUGGUUUUAGGAGCAAGCCCUAUUUUGUAGGGUAUUCAUUUUAGGGGGCGUUAGACAAAAUUCUUCAGUGAGAGAUGGGUACUACUGACUUGCACCAAAUACUCGAAAGCUUUUGUUGUAAUUCGGAAUGGAAGUAUGCUGUCUUUUGGAAACUUAAACAUCGAGCUCGGAUGGUGCUGACAUGGGAGGAUGGCUACUAUGACAAUUCUGAACAACAUGAACCUCCAGAGGGCAAGUUUUACAGAAAAACGCUUGAGACGUUUCACGAUGGACAUUAUUCACAUGACCCUCUUGGAUUAGCUGUUGCAAAGAUGUCCUAUCAUGUAUAUUCUCUAGGAGAAGGGAUUGUUGGACAAGUAGCAGUUACUGGAAAGCAUCAAUGGAUUACUGCAGACGAGCAAACAAUAAAUUUCUCUUCAAUACUUGAGUACUGUGAUGGUUGGCAAACACAAUUUUCAGCUGGCAUUAAGACUAUUGUUGUAGUAGCAGUUGUUCCGCAUGGGGUUUUACAGCUUGGAUCUUUAGAUAAAGUAACUGAGGAUGUCAAUCUUGUGGCUCGCAUCAGAAAUGUUUUUCUAACUCUCCAGGAGUCAUCAGCAGGGCAUAUUAAGCCAAUGCAGUCAUGUAAAAGCUCAGGAUACGUGGCAGACAUUCCAUCUAGAAGCUUAGCAACACAGAAAAGUGAAGAUGAAAAUGUGAGCAAGAAUGUGGGGAUAGAGUUGUCAGGAUCUGAGGGCAUUGAAUCUCUAAAAACAAAGCCAGAUGCUAUCAAUGUGGAGAGUUUUAAAUCACAAGUGAGAUUGCUUGAUGACAGGAUAUGUGGAGGGGAGCCUAGUGGGUGCAAAGAUACGGCAGUUGGUUUGGAACAAAAAAUCAGUGUACGACUGCAAAAUUCUGCCAUGGAUAUGGUUAAUAUAUGUGGUAAUUUACUUCCACCUGAAAAGAUAAUGACAAAUGAUGCAUACUUCCCUAUGAAUCCUCAUGCCUCUUCUGUAUUUGUUGGAAUUAAUCACAAUGGGACGUUUAGCCGAACCAAUCCUACAGAAUGUAACUUAUCAAUUUGUAUUUGGACAUCAGAAACUAUUGAUAUGUAUCCGUCAAACACAUCAUUGAAGUUCCCUGCUGGUUAUGAGCUGCAUGAAGUACUUGGUCCUGCUUUUCUGAAAGAUGCUCUUCUUAUCUGACUGGCAAAAGAGUAUGUUUUUGGUGGUAAAGCUUAGUUAUCUGAGGGAAUGAAGUGGCUAGCUCAGUUGACAUCUGAUUCACCGACAGAGCGUCUUCUAGAAGCUGUAGUCGCUGAUGUUUGUCACAGUGGUUCUGAUAUUAAAAGUGACACAUCUCUGUGCAAGUCUGGACAGUCUCUGUUAACGACUGAAAGAAUUCCCGAACCUUCCACAAAUGUUACAACAUCUGCUUGUUCAGAAGGUUACUCUAUGGGUCAAAGUCAAACAUCUUUUAUUGGAGAGGACAUGCAGAACUCUUUAAGCUCAUCAGGAUUAUGUGGAGUGAUGUCACCAAAAGGGUUCUCAUCGACUUAUUCUGGCACUGGCAGUGAGCAUUUGGAUAAGUCUUUGGAACCGGCAAAGAAUAGUAAAAGAAGGGCUAGACCUGGUGAGAGUUCUAGGCCUAGGCCAAGGGACAGACAAUUGAUCCAGGACCGAAUCAAAGAACUUCGAGAGCUAGUACCAAAUGGAGCAAAAUGUAGUAUUGAUUCAUUGCUGGAGCGCACAAUCAAGCACAUGUUAUUCUUGCAAGGCAUUACCAAGCAUGCUGACAAGCUAACUAAAUGCGCCAACAUGAAGUUGCAUCAGAAGGAAAAUGGCAUGUUGGGAACCUCGAAUACUGAUCAGGGAUCAAGCUGGGCUGUUGAGGUGGGUGGUCAACUUAAAGUUUGUUCGAUAAUUGUGGAGAAUCUCAACAAGAAUGGACAGAUUCUUGUAGAGAUGUUGUGUGAAGAAUGCAGCCACUUUUUGGAGAUAGCAGAGGCUAUUAGAAGCUUGGGACUGACAAUACUAAAAGGCAUAACAGAAGCUCACGGCGAGAAGACAUGGAUUUGUUUUGUGGUUGAGGGGGAGAAUAACAGAAACAUACACAGAAUGGAUAUCUUAUGGUCCCUUGUUCAAAUACUGCAGCGCAGUAAUACAAUGUGAUAGCUUCAACUGCUGAACUUUUUGCAACUAUUUGUGUAGAUUCCUUCUGUAAAAUAGUGUGAGUUGCUUGUUGUGACUAUUGAUUCAUCUGUCUCCUGCUUUAUGGAGUGCUACACUUUUCUCAGAGAUUCACCCUUCCCCAUACAACAAAAGAUGAAGAAGGAUAAAGAAAAAGAAAAAAGAAAAAGAAAAUUCCAUGAAGGGUGGUUUAAAAGCAAACCAAGUUGGGUUACUCUGACAGCAAACCAAGUUUCUGUGAAGAGCAUUAUUGUUUCGAAGUGUGAAAAACUAUUUUUGUUUUUGGGUGUGUUUUCUAUCUAGCAAGUAUUGUCAUUUGUUUGAAAAAAGCUUUCUAGUUGAUAGAGUGCAUCUCGUGUAUUUUUAUAACCCAAUUUUAAUAGUAUAAGUUCAUUGAACAA